AUGGCUAACUCCAAAUACGAAUACGUCAAAGCAUUUGAGAGAGAGAACCAUCUCUUACCUGAUUGCUACAUUCUUGUACGCGUGGACGGCAAAGGGUUCCACAAGUUCAGUCAAGAAUAUGGCUUUGAGAAACCCAAUGAUCUUGGGGCAUUGAUGGUCAUGAACCAAACUGCUACCAGAUUAGUGGAAGCAUUCCCAGACAUUUUAAUGGCAUAUGGUGAUCUGGAUGAGUACUCCUUCUUGUUGAGGAAAGAAUGUGCAUUGUACGAAAGACGAGAGAUGAAACUCAUCACCUUGUUUGGCUCUAUGAUGUCCACCCAUUAUAUUAUGGAAUGGAACAAGCAGUUCCCUGAAAAACCCAUACGACAAAGUAAACUACCAAUAUUUGACGCUAGAGCAGUCGUGUAUCCACUGUUGAAGCAUGUUAGAGACUACUUCAGUUGGAGACAAGUUGACUGCCACAUCAAUAACUUGUACAACACGGUCUUUUGGGCUUUGGUCAGUAAGGGGAACAUGACUCCGAAAGAUGCCGAAAAUAGGCUUAUUGGCACUUUGGCUAGUGAUAAAAAUGAAAUCUUAUACUCCCAAUUCCAAAUCAACUACAAUAAUGAACCAGAGAUUUUUAAAAAGGGUACGGUCCUUAUAAGAGAAUAUCAAGAUCAUACAUCAACUGAUCAUCAUCAACAGCAGCAGUUAUCUAAAACUCAAUUAGAAAAGGAGAAAAAGAAGAGAAAUAAGGCAAAAAUUGUAAUGUACCAUAUAGACCUUAUUAAAGAUGAAUUCUGGGAUUCAAGACCAUUUCUUUGUUAG